ACACUUUUAGCGAUAUACCACUCAUCAUCGUUGUCGUCUACCGCGCAGGCCCAUCGAGUAUCUAUACUUAUUAUUUGUUAUUUGUUCUUAUUUUUAUUUCAUUUUUUGAAGCCCGCCUUGCGUCCAGACAUCCUUACGACAAGUCGACAGACUCGAUAACCAUCAGGGCAUUCACCAUCCCCAUACUCACACCAGACCGUAGACGUGCAUUCUCUUGACUCGCCCCUUCAUCCAUGGCAUCGCAGAACCCUCCCGAGUCACCUCCCUCAUCUCAGGACUCACCCACAUUACCCAAGUACGCCGCCCAUUCUUCACCCAAGAACCCCUCCCCAAAACACAGUCACUCUUCGCCCAAGAAAUCUCCCGCCCAGUCUCCCAGCGAGUCGUCGCCCCCGACAGAGAAUGUGAUUGAAACGGACACAUCGUCGACGACGAACAGCAACAUAGAGGCCGACAGCUGGACCGACGACCAGGGCUAUGCCGAAUCGACAAGUACGAGCUAUCUGACCUCCAUCGCCUCGGACAUCCGGCGCGGCAUCGAAGACAAUGGGAGGAUCUACGCCGCGUACGGUAUUCACAAGCCUUGGUUACCCACGGAUGAUCUGGAGCUGGACCGGAAUGACUUGCAACAUUACAAAUUCUACCUCCUCAUGAAGGAGCAAUUUCACCUGGCCCCCCUAGUCGCGAAUCCCCAUAAGAUCCUCGACCUUGGCACCGGGUCAGGCAUCUGGGCUAUGGACAUGGCCGACAAGUACCCGUCCGCCCAAGUCAUCGGCGUCGACACAUCGCCCGUUCAGCCGUCCAUGGUUCCGAGUAAUCUCGCCUUUGAGCUCGACGACAUCGAACACGACUGGCUCUGGCCCGAAAACAGCUUCGACUUCAUCCACGGCCGCGAACUCAUCAUGGCCAUCCGCGACUGGCCCCGCCUCAUCCACCAGGCCUAUUCCCGCCUCAAGCCCGGCGCCUACCUCCAGCUCGCCGGCUCCGUGCCCGACUUCCGCUCCGACGACAGCACCCUCCCGCACGACUCGGCCUACAUGGAGAUGGGCCGCAUCUUCUUCGAAAUGUCCACCCGCGCCGGCGUCUCCGGGCUCGAACCCCUCCGCUGGAAGCAGUACCUCGAAGACGCCGGCUACGAGGACGUCGUGGAGCGCGUCCUCAAGAUCCCCACCAACCCGUGGCCGCGCGACCCCUACCAGAAGCGCAUCGGCGCGCUGGAGCUGAGCCACUUUCGGGACACCAUCGCCAACGUCUUCGCCAGGGGGUACGAGCAGAUCCUGGGCGGGGAUCCUACCUACUUUCAGGUUUUGCUGGCCAAGGCGCGGGGUGAGGUCUUGAAUCGGCAUAUGCAUAGCUGGGUGCCAUUUUAUGUUGUAUAUGGGAGAAAGCCAAAAGGUUCCGCUGCCGCCUGACGACCUGAACAUUGAAGCCAUCUCUCUUUGAGCAUAG